CUCCAAUGAAAAUACCUGAACAAUGACAGUCCGAUCAACAACACAACAACAACAAUAAAAAAAGCACUAGUCAAGAAUCCUAAGAUAGCCUUCUGCUCUUUUGUCGCGCCAGUCUUCUACAACUCUUCUACUCUCCUCCCUUUCUCUAUAUUUCUCUUCCUUCAUUGCUAUCUGCUCCCAGAUUAUUCUGUUUGUGAAUCUGUCAUCAUCUUUACUGCACUCUGUACACUAUCCCAAUCCCCUUUCCGCUUGAAAAGGUACUCUGCCAUUCCCAAAAAAAUGCCUCCCAAAAAAAGCGCGUCCAAGGCCGCCGCAAAGCCUUCGACGUCCACAACCAAGACCACCACUACCAAGAAAACUACUGUUGCGAAAACUGCAAACAAAGGUCAGCCUGCGAAAGCUACUGCGGCUUCUCAGGAUAAGGCAACCUCGAAGAAACAAUCUCAAGCCAUUGAUGCAUCUGCAAAGUCGCGCAAAUCUAAGGCCACUAGUGCCAGUGCGGCAGCUGCUACCAAGAAGCGCAAGGCUGAAGAAGUCGAUAAGGAGCCCGAUGUCAAGACUAAAAAAGCGCGUGUUACUCAGCCUCCGGUCAAGAAGCCGAAACUGAAGGUGGUCAUCAACCAUGCGCCGACUGCACGAUUGAACGUCUAUGUUUGUGGUGAAGGUAGCUCAGGCGAACUCGGGCUCGGCGCGGCGAAGAAUGCGGUCGAUGUGAAGAGACCGCGCCUUAAUCCCCACUUGCCAGCGGACCGGGUGGGUGUGGUGCAGGUAGCUGUCGGCGGCAUGCACUGCGUCGCCCUUACGCAUGACAACAAAAUCCUUACUUGGGGCGUCAACGAUCAGGGAGCUCUUGGGCGCGACACUACAUGGGAGGGUGGUUAUAAGGACAUUGAUGACAACAAAAGUGAUGCGGACUCGGACUCGGACACAGAUGAUGACAGCGGUCUCAACCCCUACGAAGCAACUCCCACUGCAAUCUCGUCCGACGCAUUUCCUCCUGAGACCGUCUUUGUCGAAGUCGCUGCCGGUGACAGCUCCAGCUUCGCUCUCACUGACGAUGGCCAGGUCUAUGGCUGGGGAACUUUCCGAAGCAACGACGGUAUUCUAGGCUUUGAUGCCAAACACAAAGUUCAGCCGACUCCCACGCUGAUUCCGUCCCUCAAGAAGAUUAAGCACCUUGCAUGUGGUGAUAACCACGUCCUCGCUUUGGAUGAGAAGGGUGCGGUAUUCUCCUGGGGAUCCGGUCAACAAAAUCAAUUGGGCCGCCGCAUCAUCGAGCGCAACAGGUUGAACGGCCUCCAGCCGCGUGAAUUUGGCCUACCAAAGAAUAUCGUCCAUGUCAGCUGUGGUGCCUUUCAUUCCUUUGCCGUCGACGCGACUGGGAAGGUCUAUGCAUGGGGCUUGAAUAGCUUUGGUGAAACGGGUAUUCGCGAGGGAGCUGGCGACGACGAGGCUGCCAUUAUUCACCCAACUGUCGUGGAUUCACUUUCUGGGAAGAAUAUCGUUCAACUAUGUGGUGGUGCCCAUCACUCGCUUGCGGUUUCCAAGGAUGGUCAAUGUCUUGUGUGGGGACGCCUUGAUGGCUUUCAGACUGGCCUGAAGAUCGAUACUCUUCCAGAUGAUGCUGUUGUGAAGGACGAACGUGGACGGCCGAGGAUCUUAAUUGAGCCGACUCCUGUUCCCGGUAUCAAAGCAUCUGUCGUUGCGGCUGGCUCUGAUCAUUCAAUUGCUAUCGACGUCGACGGUCGCGCCUGGUCGUGGGGCUUUUCAGCAACCUACCAAACAGGCCAAGGCACUCAGGAUGAUAUCGAGGUUGCGACUGUCGUGGAGAAUACUGCUGUACGGGGUAAGAAGCUGAAUUGGGCUGGUGCUGGUGGACAGUUCUCCGUCUUUACCGAACCAGCAACGAUGUAAAGACUACCACCCAUCGAGCAUUUUCUUCCUCGUUUCCUGUUUUCAUCCGAAACUGCUCGACUUCGGCAGGUUUGGGCGCAAUGCUCGAUGUUUACCAUACACCACGCCAUCUUGACUAAUGUCGGCUCUAUGCGAACUUAUCUAAGAUCGGCUCUGUACUUUAUCUGCACCAAUUUUAUUGUUGGUACUGUUUUGUCAACGUUAUCACCACACGCAGACCUUUUGUUUCGGAGUAAACUCAUAGCCCAUGCAAGUACCCUGUAAAAGGAAUAUUGAAAAGCAUCUAGAUAGAUCCCCUGAGCAGCUAUGGCUCGUCGCCAGCUAUUGAGGAAUGUC